UUCAAAGCUCCCACAACAAGAGAAACAGGAGAGAGGGAGAGACAGAGAGAGCGGGAGCGCGAGAGAUAAGAUCAUAAGAUGCUGCUUUCUCUCUCCGCGCGGUCUGCUUCUCCUCCUCUUCCUCUCAUUCGAAAUGCACGGACUCGUCAUGGAAGCAGCAUUCUGGUCAAUUGUCGUCUCCGUAAUUGUGGUUCUUGGAUUCCUCGUCCUUCUCUUUUGAAGACGAUAAAGUUUUCAUCUCAGGGAGCAGGAAGCAGAGAUGAAUAUGGAGGAGGGGAACGGGGAGGAAGAGGAGAAGAGAAAGAGGAAUUUGAGAGGCUCUUUUCCAACCUCAACCAAGUAACCCUGAAAAGAGAUCCAGGGAGCCUGAGCAGUGCCGUCUUUCUGGUUGCUGGAACCACGGUCGGUGCUGGUAUACUAGCCAUCCCUGCAGUGACACAGGAAUCUGGGUUUCUUGCCUCCUCAAUGACUUGUGUAUUUUGCUGGCUUUACAUGGUUGUUACAGGCUUGUUGAUUGCAGAAGUAAAUGUCAACACCAUGUGUGAACUUGGUUCUGGCGGUGUUUCAUUAGUGUCAAUGGCAAUGCGGACACUUGGGAAACUGGGAGUUCAGGUUGCUUGCUGGUCGUAUCUGUUCAUCCAUUAUGCUCUUCUUGUGGCAUAUGUGGCUCGUUCUUCUGAUAUCUUGGUGACUUCCUUCGGCAUGCCAUUAUGGGAAAGCGCUCUGCUGUUUACAUCAGUUUUUGGUAGUAUAUGUUAUUUUGGAAGCCAGCGAUUUAUUGGGGCUGUAAAUGGGAUCUUGGUUUUCGGCAUCCUGAUUUCCUUUACAACUCUUGUGGUAUUGGCUGGUAGUGAUAUUCAGUUGAAUUCUCUUUUGAAGUUCCAUCUGGAAGCUAUACCCCAAAGCAUACCGGUUAUAGCACUUGCAUUUGUCUACCAGAAUGUGGUACCAGUUCUUUGCACCAACUUGGAGGGGAACCUAUCAAAGGUUAGGAUAGCAAUAAUAUUGGGAACUGCUAUUCCACUUGUUUUGUUUCUUAUCUGGGAUGCUGUCAUUCUUGGAACUGUUCCAAAUUUUGAUGCAAGCAACAGUGGAGUCCUGGAUCCUUUGCAGCAACUGAGGUCCAACAACGGUCUAAUUGGUCCGGUUGUUGAGUUAUUCUCCUUCCUUGCAAUUGGAACUUCAUAUAUUGGAUUUGUAUUGGGCCUUUCAGAUUUUGUGUCUGACUUACUGAAGCAACCUGCUGGACAGAAUAGACCCCUUCCAUAUUUGUUAACUAUAUUCCCACCCUUGGUUUUAGCUUUUCUAGAUCCAGAAAUAUUUUUCAGAGCUUUGGACUUUGCGGGAACGUAUGGAGUUUUGGUUUUGUUUGGAGUUCUUCCUGCAGCCAUGUCAUGGUCGGAAAGGUAUAAUAGAGCUUCUUCAUCACCGAUCACUUCCCCCUUAGUUCCUGGAGGAAGAUUAACUCUCAGCCUCAUUGCUGGCGGGGCGGCAUGGGUGAUUCUUUCUGAAAUUCUUGCCAACUUUUCUUGAUGACACAAGAUGUUUCGAUACUCACCUAUAAGAAAUUACUGGAAGACUUGCCUUUUUUUGUCCUUUUAAUAACUGUUUGUAAGCAAAUAAUAAGGAUCACAUCAUAUUUUCAUGGGGAGAUAAAGCUAACGGUCUUUGUGUGGAUAAAGUUUUGAAUCAUUAUGUUGGUCUAUUGAUCUUGUUCGACUGAAAGUUUAUUCAGUUGAGUAUGGUAAACCUCGUUUCUUU